AUGUGCUACUUCAAGCUUGACAUAUGUCCCUAUCCCAACAAAGAUCCUGUCGCGGCUCUGAUCUUCCUGCCUACCAAAGCCAGUGAAUGGGAGCAUUGCGAUAAACCGAAGCCAUGGGGUCGCCUCAGCUGUGGGAACCUUGUUGUCGAACAUCCGAGAGACGUUUCCAAAUCGCCAUCCACCUCCUCACCCGAACAUGUUUUCACGACUCGCUCCAGGAACGCCCUCGAAACAGAACAACAUGAAGAAAACAAACUAAACGUCCGACUAGGACGAUCUUCCACCGAAGGCACCAUGGUUGCGUUCGUUACAAGCGAGGUGGUAUGCGAAGUGGCCAAAUGUCGGUGGUGCACUGCUGUCAUCAAGCUAGUGGCCACAAAGUCAAAAGAGAUACAAAAUGAAGCACGUUUAGAAGUAGCAAGGUUGGAGGCUGCUAUGGACAGUGAUGCCAAAUUGAGGAACCUGCACCGAGAUAUGAGGGACAAAGAAGAGCAGCUCGACAUUUUGAGACACAAUGCUUGGAAGAUGGCAACCCGUUUGAUGGACGAAGAAUCUGCUGAGAAUGAGAAUGAGAAUGAGAAUGAAAAUCGUGCUGGAGGUUGA